CACACACACAUCACACACGCAUACAUACAUAUCACGUCGACGAGGAAUACAUACUGGAAUCGAUGUCAGGAAGAGAGGCCAGCGAGUCGAGGUCGAGCAGGAGAGUGCGGAGCAAGAAGGAGAAGGACAAGGCAAAGGGCCGCAACUACAAGGCAGAGUACGCAGAGGCAAAGAAGGCGUACGACCAGCUCAAGGCAAAGUAUCUGGACUUGCUGGCUUCGGUCGGUGACGGGGAGGCCAAGCAAGCCCGGAGCGAACAGGCCCAUGGAGACGAUGGGGCAAACGGGGCAGAGCGGAUCCGCGAGGGCCUCGCUGCGAGGACGGAGGCGCUGCAGCUGAAGCGCGAGAAUGCGGCGCUGGUUGCUCGUGUCGCUGCGCUCGAGACGGAACUCGCCGCAGAGGCCUCGCACAAGGCCAAGGUGCUGAAGGAGCGCGACGAGCUCGAGGUCCAGACCCGCGAGCUGGAGGCCUCCAUGUCGGCCUCGAUGGAGUCGGUGGCCUCGCUCUCGGCCACCAUGCGCCAGGUUGCCCCGCUUGUCGAGGAGCUCGAAGGCCUCAAGGUCACUCACUCGAAGCUCCUCAAGUCACACUCCAAAGUCCGGCGCCGCCUGGAGAAGAAGCAGAACCAGCUGCAGCUGCUGCGCGCCGAACUGGAGGCGCUCGACGCCCGCGACGCACCCGAAGCCGGCUCGCCCGCCCGCGUCAAGAUGGCGGCGGCUGUUGCCGCAGCCUCAGCCGGCGACGCCCCGCAGGCGAUUGCCGACGAGCUGUUGGCGCUCCCGGUUGUCGCUGCGGCCAUCGAGCGCGCCUCGAUGAUGGCCAAGAUCUCGUGCACCAUGAAGUCGGUCGAGACCGAGGCUCUCUUGCUAGCCACUAUGGACGAGCUCAACGAACUUAAGGUCCAGAUGCGCCAGCUCGCCGAGCUCAACAACGAGCUCAACGCCGAGAACAUUGCCCUCCUCAGCCGCAUCACGUCCCCGCGCCAAUAACAGCACUCUGCUU